UUUCAGUUGUUGUGAUGAGAAGAAAACAUUAUUAUUUUUCUAGUUUUUAUUUUGUUUUGAGCGUUUAAAAACGUCGGGGAAAUGCUCUAAAAAACCAGAGUGACGCGAGCUUUCCGAGCAAACUGUAAGAGUGUUAGAUCCGUGCGUUUGAAAGGCAAACGAUCAACGCGACGCGACGAGUGGGAAAGCCAAAGAAAGGCGAAGGAAAAAGAGAAUAGAGAAAAAGUAGCGCAGUUUCCACAUUUCCACAGUCUGUUCGGUGCGUUCAUGUGCGUGUAUGUUAAAACGGGUGAUGUCGCCUGCAAACUGAAAUUUCGAAACGCACUGGAAGUCGCAGUCCAAAACGAAAACACAAACGCGCAAAACGAUAAGCAAUAAAACGCCAAUUGAAGCAUUUACAUACCAUAUACAUAAAUAUAUGUACUCGAUUAGACUAGUUUGUUAUCCCUAGUCAGAGCUACUGCCCCCAAUUACUGCUCUGUCAUAUCCUGGCUAGAUCCAUACCUAACAAAAACAAAAAAAAAACUAACCAAGAAAACGCAUUGAAACGCAUUCCAAUUAGUAGCUGCGGGCAGCCUGCCUUUGCCUGCAUUACCAUAUAGUUGUUAAGUGUACUACGUCCACCACCGGAAAAAAUGGCGCCGACAACAACGAUUGAGACCAUCACAAUCACGAGGCCACUCAAGGUGAUUGCAUUUAUAUGUGGCGUAAUUGUGGUGGCCCUCAUGGUCAUGGCCCUGGCCUCAACAGAUUGGCUGAUGGCCGCUGACUGGCGGCAGGGCCUAUUUGUGCACUGCAUUGAGGAUGAUUCGGUGGCGCCGCUGCCGUUCAACAUACAGGAUCCGCCUGGCUGCUACUGGACACGCGAUAUAGGUUAUAUCAAGGCCACGGCAGCGCUCUGCAUUAUCACAUUGAUAACAGAUGUCAUUGCCACUGUGCUGACCGGCCUGGGCCUAAAAACGCAGAAUCAUAAUCUAAAAUAUAAGUUCUAUCGCAUAGCGGUACUGGUGAUGCUUGUUUCCUUGCUGGCCGUACUGUCCGCCUUGAUCGUGUAUCCUGUGUGCUUUGCCGGCGAACUGACCAUGGCCAAUCGUCGAGUUUGGGAGUUUGGCUGGGCAUAUGGCGUGGGCUGGGGCGCUGCCAUCUUUCUGUUUGGCGCCGUUGUCCUGCUGCUCUGUGACAAGGAAUCGGAGGAGAUCUACUACAAGGAGAGGAAGAUCGUACAUGAAAACCAAAUGCGCGCCUAGGCAAGGCCGCACGACCUGCCUGACGUCGUUCUUUAGAUCUUAAGUAUAUAGCAGCCAACCAACACACACACACAAACACAGAGGAACAUACACACACACAUAGAUUUCGAUUCAAAUCAGAAAACUCGAAAGUGAGAACUUAAAACAAAGGCAAUUUGCAGCUAAACAAAAAUACUUUUGUUAUAAUUAUGAUUGUGUAUAUCAUGGAACCCGUUUUCAAACAA